AUGCCGACCGCACUAUUAGCCAUGGAAGACAUCCAUCAUUUCGCCCCAGAACUCAGUCAUGCGGAGAAGACACGGGAUCAGGACACAGCAGCAGAUUCGGUGCUUAACGCGGAGUUAGGGAACCACGACGCGCAGCUACUGGACGCAGCAUUGGAUUUUUCAUUCGACACGGAGCUCUCGCCCAUUCUGGAGCCUUUUGCGGACGCUACAGUGGCCAUGAGCCCCCUAAGAAUGCAGAGGAGGCUUUCGAAGAGUCCUAGGACUCGCAGAACAUCCAGUUCUCCUUUGCGGAGAGCACCCGCAGUGACGACACCCCGACAGGUCAGCAGGACGGUUGGACACGUGGAGACAGCACAGGUGGCUAUCAUGAAGCGACCGAGGACCAGGGGCCCGUCGUGGCAGGAGUCGGAGCAGAACACCUUUUUCACCAUGUUUAAGGUCAAGUGGCCGCCUACACCGGAGGGGAAGCAGGCUCCUGCAUUCAGCUCGAUGCUGCUGGAGCGCUUCGACGCUAUCAGCACCAAGGUGAGAACGAAGAGUGUGAUGGAGGUGCGGCAGUUUUACACUGCGGUGAUGCAGAACAUUGCCGAGAUGCUCGAGGUCGUGGAAAACGAUAUUGACCUGAACAACCCGGAUCAAGUACGCAUUGCUGUGUGGUGUUGGCGCAAAUUGGUGGCUGACGAGAAGCACCACGACGAUUUCCAAGCGCUCGAAUCGGAUCCCGCAACAGUGAAGCCUCGCUUGGCCAACGCUCUGCUGCAGUCAAUUAUUCGAAGUCGCCGUCAAAUGCUCAAGGCCAAGGCAGACAGCGCGGCAGCCGGCAAUAAGGACAAGUCGGCGGCUCCUGGUAUUACGUCUAUCUCAGCUUGGGUGUCGCGGUCGAACCUGAGUUCCUUUUUCGCCAAAGGAAGUGUUCCAGCUCCUGAGAUCUCAUCAGUGCAGAUCCACCACCCCAUGGUGAGGAAGAAACACUCUGCUCCGCAGGGCAAGGUUGCUGCAAUGCCUCUCUCUAGUUCCCCCUCGGUCACUGAUAAUGCCACCAAGGUGUUGUCUCUGCCAACUGUGCAACAGCCACAUGGUGAGUCACCAGGGGGAGCGGUGCUUAAGCGUAAGCGCAGUGGGUCUACUGACCGUUCUCCAGCUUCUAAGAAGACCCGCCGAGCGGAAGUGGAAGACAUUACGUUCACUAGCCCACCUCCCACCGACAAGCGUUCCCGAUCGCGUACGCGAAAUGGCGUUGCAUUCCACACGCCUCAGCAAUCUCGAAAGAAACUUUAUAUCAAGAUGCGAAUGGUUCCGCGGGACAAGGAAACCAAGUCGAACAUGGUGCAAUGCGGCUGUAGACCAAAGGUAGAGCUGAAGUUGUCGUCGACCAAGAAAAUGUCGGAGAUCACGGAUCACAUGAGCAACAAGUGGGCUAAAGUUCGCUCGCUGCUGCCGAAGGGGGCCGUCCUGUGUUUCUUUCAGAAGAACGGGACUGACAAGUGGUCAAAGGAGGAGUCGAAUGUCACCUGCUUCGAUAUCUGGAAGCAGUGCGGCAAGCAGACUAAGGGCGAGAACGUGGUCGAGGUCUCGUAUCUGUGGAGAGUCCCGGCGGGACCCAAUGCCGCCGCAGAUGACGAAAAUGUCCAAGUGCAGGACAUUAUGCCAUUGAUGGCGCCGUCCGGACUAUUCGAGCAGGAGGUAGCUGCUCAAGUGCUGAGCAGUGGGGACGAAAGUGAAACAACGCAGCGCUCUCCUGCCUGUGGCCUGCAGGAGUUUGGUCAGAAAGUUGCGUUUGAUCGAAGCAUCACCGCCGAGGCAAAGGAGGAAGCUGCCGCGCUGGACGCGUUGAUCAGUGAUAGUGGCGACGAAGACCUUGGCGAGGAGUUUAGCCCAUUGACGGGCCGCAUGCGCCGGCGCAUCCAGCCGGUGCUCGUAUCUAAGGAAGAGUUCAAUAUCUAA